CAAAAAAAGAAUAUUUUUAAAAAAGAUUAGAGCUUUUUAUUUUUUGGUCUUGGUUUUGGUUACUGUAUUACCACUACCUAAUAAUACAUUCUAACAAAUACAUGUGUUUAUACACUAGACUCUCAUGUGGAAUUUGGUCAGGCUGAUUAGACUGGUCUUAACUAGAUACGAAAGAGCUCUUAAAUGUUUAUGAUGACAUAUAGAUGAUCCACUGUCAUGGAUUUUAAGACAGAGUUUGAACAUAUUAAAUCAUGCCUGAUGCUAUCAUACAUGUCAAAAAUUUAGUCUCAUUACAUGCCUACUAAAAACAAACACAGUUAACAAGGAUCAAGGUAGGGAGAUCAGCUUGAACUGUUCACAUGGGCUCAAUGUGGCCACAAUAAUCCUUUAAAAUGAGAACAUCAAAGUUCAGCAUUAGAGGGAGAUAAUGACCAUGAAGGGCCACAGUUGGCUUUGAAGAUGGAGAAAGGUCAAUCACCUCUAGAAGGUGAAACAGUAUAUGGAUUCUUCUGUGGAGACUCCAGGAAAGAACACAGCCCUACAGACACUGAAUCUGUUUGGUGUACCCAGGAAAGAACACAGCCCUACAGACACACUGAAUCUGUUUGGUGUACCCAGGAAAGAACACAGCCCUACAGACACACUGAAUCUGUUUGGUGUACCCAGGAAAGAACACAGCCCUACAGACACACUGAAUCUGUUUGGUGUACCCAGGAAAGAACACAGCCCUACAGACACACUGAAUCUGUUUGGUGUACCCAGGAAAGAACACAGCCCUACAGACACACUGAAUCUGUUUGGUGUACCCAGGAAAGAACACAGCCCUACAGACACACUGAAUCUGUUUGGUGUACCCAGGAAAGAACACAGCCCUACAGACACACUGAAUCUGUUUGGUGUACCCAGGAAAGAACACAGCCCUACAGACACACUGAAUCUGUUUGGUGUACCCAGGAAAGAACACGGCCCUACAGACACUGAAUCUGUUUGGUGUACUUAAGGCCACCAUUUAUUUUUUUAAUUUUUAAUUUUAUGUGUGAGUGUUUUGCCUGCAUAUAUGUAAGUGCA